AUAAAAUCAUUCAGAGGGGAAAAUGGUCUGAGAUUCAGGCUGAGUAUGAGUUUAUAUGGCCUCAGAGUAGUGAGCUACCUUCCCCUACCUCAACACAAAACACACGUGACGCAGCAUUCACACACCACCUGUCAGCACGGCGCAGUAGCACAGACCAACAGUACCAGCUCAUAUCCGCUGUGGACGUCAAGAUCAGCAUUCUCUUUGACAAGUGACGAUUCUCCAGAGAAGGGCCCUGAGGCGGGCAUGGCCCCAGGGGUCCCGGAGAGCACUGAGGUAGAGACAGCUAUCCAUAACUACUCUUCACUCAGGAGGGAGUCCAGAGCAUCAUCACUUCCUGGGUGGAAGAGUGUUGACCACCUGGACAACUCUAGUGCAUCUUCAGUCCUGCAGUCUCCUGAUGGUAACUGGAUCGGCCUGCAGAGCUCCCAGCAUUCCCGGCCCAGUCUGCUGACCAAGCGCAAGAGUCUUGUUUUCAGCAUGCUGGAGAAAGAAUCAGGUGUCGUAUCCAUGUAUGACGAGAAGGGCUCUGAUUCAGAUCCAGAGGACCAGGGGGGCUGGGGGGCUGCCCUGUUACAGUUUCGCAGACGCUUCUCCGAUGAAACAUACUAUACUGACUCUCAACAUGACCCUGAAUGGACAUACACUCAACACCCACCCGUUACCUCACCCUCCUCAGGUCAGUACACCAACACUGAGACUCUGAACUCAGACUCUGAGAUGUCUCCUGCCCCGUCCACUCAAACCUGCAGACCAGCCCACGGUAUGCCGCAGAGGAAGAAAGGACCGUCUGAUGCACACCUGUAUCCUCCAUACAGACAUCCUGCAAACAGUGCCGCUUCGCCUCUACUGAGGCCAGAGGCACUGGAUGUAAACUUUAACCCCCGUCUGGAAGGGGACAGUAGUGAUGGGGAGGAGCGGAACGAGCAGGUCAAAAGAUCACCGAGGCGCAGAAACAGCAAACGCGAGACAUCAGAGCACAGCCGAGCACAUUAUGCACUGUACAGCGCUGCCACAGUGGAGAACAGUGCUGUCCUCCUCAACACCAUGAUGAUGCGCCGGCAACAGAGCCAGGAUAACCCAGUCCCUCUGAAUUACCAGGCUCCAGACACUGUGACCCCUCCUGAUCUUUUGGCCUCUGACGCCAUGACACCUGAACAUGACUAUCAGAACACAGUGGCUCACAACUCCAGCGCCACUAGCCCACCAAUGCUGAGCCAACUGGCGGCCAGCAAACCAGAGUUCCGCAUUCAAGGCCCUUUGCUUAGGGGCUCCUCUGUUAAUGAAACCCUGGAACAGGAACUGAGAUCCAAACUCUGUGAGCUGGUUGGCCAAGUCAGCGAGAUGGAUGUGAUGUCAUCUGAUUUUGAGCCAAUCGGGGAAGUGGGCGACAAGCAAGAGGAUCAAGUAAGGGAGAAAGAACGUGAGAAAUUGAGACCAAAGGAGAGGCGUGAGAGCAAACAAGACAAGAGGGAAGAAAAGUCGAAGGAAACUGGGAAUCAGAGUGAAAGACAAGCAGUUAGAGAGAUGGACACAAGUGAUGCAGUAAGACAGAUAAAUAUAGCGAGAGAAAUGAAGAGAGAUAGGGAGCGACAGAAAGAAAUUGAAAGCCAAGUAGAGAGAGAGCGAGAGAGACAAAGAGAGCUGGAGAAACAAAUCGAGAGGAACGGAGAAAGACAACGAGAGAUCGAGAUGCAGGUUGAGAGGAAACAGGAAAGACAGAGAGAAAUGGAGAAAGAGCAGAAACAAGAGCAAGAGAGACAAUCAGAGAUUGAGCACAAGAUAGAAAAGAAGAGGAAAAGCAUACGCAUGGAAAAAGAGAAAUUAGAACCUAUAGUGAGUACGAAAUCCAAAGAGGAAGAGAAACAAGAAUCCUCAGGUAGACUAAUGGAGCGAAAUAAGAGUUUGAAGGAAGACUAUGAUAAAACAGAAAAGCCCAAUGAGGAAAAGGUGAAGAGAAUAUCACCGCAAAGAAGCCAAUCAGAAACAGGGUCAGAAAAACAAGAACAACGUGAGACAAAGACAACAAGGUCUUCAACCACAUCUCCAGACAGUGCCCACUGUGGUCUGGAGGAGCCAAUGUCUCCAUCAGAGAAGUACUCCGCUGCAUCUUUAUGCAGCAUCACCACAGAGGUUCUGAAGGUCCUGAAUGCCACAGAAGAAUUACUUGGAGAGGCAGAAGGCAAAGGUCAUGACCCUUCUCUGGCUUGCACACCCAUGUCCUCAGGCCCAGGCAACAGGAAACUGGACCAACACCUCACUAAGAUGGAGGAAAAUGUGUAUUUGGCAGCAGGUGCUGUGUACAGCCUAGAGGAGGCGCUAAGUGACUUAGAAGAGUGUGCUCGCAGUAUCAGCAGCUCCACCACAGAGACUGAGCUGGCCUUUCUAGAAGAUCAGGUGGCCACUGCUGCCACCCAGGUGCAGCAGUCCGAGCUCCGGAUAUCAGAUAUUGAGGCAAGAAUAUCAGCCCUUAAAACAGCAGGUCUAAAUGUAUCUGCAUGCACAAGGUUUUCCAAGUACAAAUCUAAACCUAUGCCCCAGACACUGGACUCUUCUCGCCAUCAGAGGAGAAAGCUGCCUGCUCCUCCUAUCAGAAGUCUGUCAUCAG